AUGUCUUCAAAAUUGUGGGCAGCUGGUGGACUAAUCAGACUGGCAAUUCGGCCAGCAACCAAGAACCGUCUGCUUUCGACAUCUACCACGUCCCAAAAGUGGUCAAGGCCAUCCGAUGAAUUGAAAUAUUACACGAACCCGGAAUGGCGCUCACGAAAAAUAGAGCAAGGGACGAUUACUACGGCUCGAAGGCGUCAGGACCCAGAACUUCGAGAGAAAGAACGCGUAAGAGACAGAGUCUACCACGAGAAGCGCAAACAAUCGAAAUCCUUUCUGCUCUGGAGAAGACUUUUCCAGUGGUGUUUCUAUCAUGAUUGGGUCCGUGAUCAGCUGCCUUGGAAGACUUACAGACCGAGACUUUAUCCCGAGAAAGUUGAACACCACUGUGUGGCCUGUCGAUUUCAGCGAAAGCACGGAUAUAAAUUAUGGUGGCGUAAAGUCAACGACACUCCUGACCACGCGCCGGGUGGCACCAGUUUUGAGGGCUUGAGCAACACUGAGCAAUACUUGUGCAGUUCCUGUUACAAAAAGACAGGAGACAUAAUGCCUCAGGGGUUUGAGGAUGUCACGAGCAUCAGGGACCUGAGGGCGCGAGCUAAAGAGCUCGGCAUCGAUGUUGACAAGAAGCGAGGGCAAGUGGCACAAAGUUCUGAUCAAGCACUCCAGAAGAGCCGUCUCACGGAUGAGCCCCAAGCAUGA